AUGAGCCACGAUGAUGGUUAUUACAUUUCCAAGAGAUCACUCCUUCUAAUCAUAUUCGUUCUAAAUUUAUCAUCUUUUAAUGCCACAGACAGUGAUAAUAUGAGAUGUAAAUGCAUAUCAGAAUCAAAAUCAAAAUGUAAAUUGACAUGUUUGGAUGGAACAAAUAAAACUGACACGAAUCACAACAUAGAAAGACGAGAAAUAGAUUAUGAGGAAGUUGAAAUUAUCGAUGAACGAAAAUGCAAUAGCAAAAGUUUGCAAAAUAUAAUGUUACAGAAUAUGGCUGGACAAACAGCAAAACAAGCAAAAACAAAAAUAAUGCGAGCAGCCGAAGCACUUCUUGGCGGUUAUUUCAACGUUAUUUGCGCUUCUGGUGAUUUCUCUUACAUUACAACAACUAGCCUUUAUUGUUUACAAUCUUUGGGUAAUAUCAAUUGUUAUGCAUUUCUUACAGGAAAUACUCGCCCAAGACUGAAGUAA